AUGAUCGCACAAAUUCGUAAUACCGCAGCUCUGGUAGCUCUCACAUCUGCCGCCAGCGUUCUGGCUCGCCCUCAUUUCAGUACCCGAGCCACUCAAGCAUCAACCGAUCUUUGCGGCGAUUAUGAUUAUCUCAUUUUGAACAAUUCGCCAUGGAUUGUGUAUAACAUGUUGUACAAUGCAAAUCAGAUCGUGGGAAGUCAGUGUACAUAUUAUGAUAGUAUGAUUACAGGGAGUGAUGGGACUGCUGAGGUGAAGUGGAACAGUGAGACGGAUAUCACUUAUGUUGAGAGCACAAACAAUAUUCCCAAAGGGUAUUCUUUCGUCGGCCUGACCCAAAAUUUGGAAACCCCUCUCACAGGCAUCGCUUCCAUUCCUACAACCUACACCUGGACACGGUCCAACACAACCGCCUUUAAAGGAAAUGUCUGCUACGAUUUCAUGACCAACGAUGUUAAAGGUGACUCUACAUCGAGCUCCUCCCAGGAACUCAUGCUCUGGCUCCAAUACCAAGGUGGUCAAUUACCUAUUGGAUGGGCUGAUGGAAGCGUAGCUACCAUUGACAAUUUAUUUGGUACAAGCUGGGAUUUGUACCAGGGUGUUAAUGAAGAUACGGGUAUCACGGUUAGCAGUAUUUUGCCAAAAACACAGUUUGAGGGAACCUUUGAGGGUGAUUUGAGAGAGUGGUUGGUUGCGCUUGUGGGACAAGGUCUCUUUACUGAGAGUACUUAUGUUAACGUUGGAAAUGCUGGUACCGAAUUCUUUUACGGAAACGCAAUCAUGAACGCAACUCUCGGUCUCCAAAUCGAUCUCGGUAUGGCCACCUCUGCAGCAGUUAAAGUAGCAGCUGUUUCUUCAGCAUCUUCAAGUGCAAGCCAAAUCGCUUCUACUUCAGCGGCAAUCGUUCCAUCAACUAGCUCAUCAGUCGUUGCUAUUACUACCUCCGCUUCAUCUGCACAAGCACCAACCAGGACCUCCUCCAUUGCGGCUGUAUCUACAUCAGCAAAGUCAAGCACAAAGUCUCACCAUGUAGCUACUCCUUCAGCGCCAGUUGUUGAGGGAUCUACUAUCGCUUCUGCAUCUGUAGUAGCAUCAACCAGUAUAGCUGCUAGCUCGGUUGCUGGUAUUGAAACCUCUGUUUCCAGUGCUGCUGUUGCUGCUCCAACUUCGGCCGAUGAAGGAGAUGAUGAGUGUGAAGUCUAA